AUGGUCUUAUCUAGCUCUUUCAGAGUUUGUAUUCUUCUUCCCACUCCUUCCAGUGGUUCUAGUUUGGAGAGUUCGGCUUUGUCCAGUUUUCAUAGUGCAUUUGUACUUCUUUUCGUAUUUGUUCUG